UCGUGCUUUAGUUAACUCGAACAGUAGUGAACAGCAUUGCCGCGAGCUCACUCGUUUUGUUCUGUAUAAAUAUAUUUAUAUACAAGUAUUAUAGUGCUAAUAGGUUUUAUUGCCAUUUAUUGUUGUGCGGCAGUUUUAAUUGAAUUUGUUGCUCAUAAAAUUUACUUAGAAUUACAAAGUGUAAAUAAGUGCAGACAGAUACAAAGUUAAAUUGUGUAGCAAAAAGUCAAAAUUUAUAAAACACUCUUCAAUAAAAUGAAUAAUAAUUUGGAAAAUUUGGUGAAGGGUAUUUCUGAUAUAAAUAUGGAUAAGCUUGACCCUAACGUGUCGAUCGACAUGGAGGCACCCGAGUUCAAAGAUUUUGCUAAAACGAUGGUUGAUUAUAUCGCCGAUUAUUUGGAGAAUAUACGCGAUAGACGUGUUCUUUCCGAUGUAAAACCCGGUUACUUGCGACCACUCAUUCCCGAUGCUGCACCGGAGACACCAGAAAGCUGGGAGGAUGUUAUGAAGGAUAUUGAACGCGUUAUAAUGCCUGGCGUCACACACUGGCAUAGUCCAAAGUUCCAUGCAUACUUUCCAACAGCCAACUCAUAUCCAGCCAUUGUUGCAGAUAUGUUAAGUGGUGCGAUCGCAUGCAUCGGUUUCUCUUGGAUUGCUAGUCCCGCAUGUACCGAGUUGGAAGUAGUCAUGUUGGAUUGGUUGGGUAAAAUGAUUGGCUUGCCCCAGGAAUUCUUGGCCUGCUCGGGUGGUAAAGGCGGUGGUGUGAUACAAGGAACAGCCAGCGAAGCAACUCUUGUGGCCCUUUUGGGUGCUAAAGCUAAGAAAAUCGAAGAGGUUAAAAAACUGCAUCCAGACUGGAGUGAAAAUACAAUCAUUUCAAAAUUGGUUGGCUACAGCUCUUCACAGGCGCAUUCGUCGGUUGAGCGUGCUGGUUUACUUGGUGGUGUUAAAUUGCGUGGCGUACCAGCUGAUAAAGACAACCGGCUUCGUGGUGAGGCUUUAGAAGCGGCAAUUAAAAAGGAUUUGGAGGACGGACUUAUACCAUUCUAUGCCGUCGUCACUUUGGGCACUACUAAUUCAUGUGCUUUCGAUUACUUAGACGAAUGUGGCCCUGUUGGCAACAAGUACGGCGUUUGGAUACAUGUGGAUGCUGCUUAUGCGGGUGCCGUUUUCAUUUGCCCCGAAUAUCGUCAUCUGAUGAAAGGCAUCGAAACAGCAGACUCGUUUAAUUUUAAUCCACACAAAUGGAUGUUGGUGAAUUUCGAUUGCAGCGCUAUGUGGCUCAAAGAUCCCAGUUGGGUGGUGAAUGCUUUCAAUGUGGACCCAUUGUAUUUGAAGCACGACAUGCAAGGUUCAGCCCCUGACUAUAGACACUGGCAAAUUCCAUUAGGUCGUCGUUUCCGUGCUUUGAAAUUGUGGUUUGUACUACGUUUGUAUGGCGUGCAAAAUCUACAAGCACACAUAAGACGUCACUGUGGUUACGCUACACAGUUUGCUGAUCUCUGCAGAGCCGAUAAUCGUUUUGAAAUCGUUGGUGAUGUAAAUAUGGGUUUGGUUUGUUUCCGUUUAAAGGGUGCUAAUGAAAAGAGUGAAAAACUUUUGAGACUUAUUAACGGACGCGGUAACAUACAUAUGGUGCCGAGUAAAAUAAAUGAUGUAUACUUUUUGCGUAUGGCUGUUUGCUCCAGAUUCACCAAGCCAGAGGAUAUGGAGUAUUCUUGGCAUGAAGUUAGUGAAGCUGCUAAUGACAUCUGCAAGGAAUAAAAACAAUAAAACCAGUUGUAUUAAAAAUGAAGACUUAAAACAUAAAGAAAGAAAAUGACUCAUUUAGGGAACGAACCUGAAGUUGUACUUCAAUUGGUUCUAUGACAACGAACGCCUGCUAACAUUCUCUCUACUAUAUAUAUUCCAUUAGUACAUAAAUGCUUAAAUAUAUUAUUGUUGUUGAUAUUAUAGCCAAAUACUAUUUACUUAAUGCUUUUAACAGUUUUGCAUUGUUGUUGUGUGUUAUAUGCUAAUAAGUAAGCUAUUUAUAAACUUUAAAUCAAAGUUCAUGUUAUUAAAACGUAAUUAAAAAAAUAUCACAUUUGCCAUUUCA